GACGGCGAGCGGAAAUGUCAACUGUGAAGUUGUUUUGUUUGUUUGUUUGGGUAAACGUGUCCCGUUAGAGUUUUAAAAUCUGACAUAUCGGAGGCCAGGAGAAUUGUCUCGCCAUCUGUGUAUCAUGGACUCGUCCAUGAGAGGAAGGGUCAAACGCAGACACUUGGUGCCAUCAGAGUGUCAUGAUCUGGUCCAAAGCAGCACAGGAAACCAAUCUCUAACACAGACUUUCAAUGUCAAUCUGACCAAUAGAGAUGCCAACCGUGGACUUUGGCCCAGGACACCCACCAAAAGAAGCAGAAAAGCUGCAGAUAAUAGUGUGGGAAAACAGAGGGGCAUCACAGAGUUCUUCUCUGUCUCUGGAGUCAUCAGCACCAGCCCUCAAAAAGGAAACAAGACUCCAAUUAAGGAGGGGGCUGAUGAGGAACCCCCUGUGCAUCUCACCCCUAAACAGGAAAGUGUUGAAGAGAAUGGGGAAGUUGACUUUAUGGAAGGAAUCACUGAGGACAUGUUCAACGAGGACAUGGAGGCAGAAAUUAGUUCAAUUAAAAAAGAAGAAAUUGUGGAUGUGAAAAGAGAGGUGGAUGAGGAGUACCCUGUUGAAAGCCUACCUGACACCCACUAUGGGCUGCAGGGCGGGCAGGCAGUGCCCCAGGGCCAGCUCCAGGACCUGCCCGAGGAGAUCCUGAGGACUGUGUUUGCACAUCUGCCAGCGGAUGAUCUGUAUCUACACAUCAGCCUGGUGUGCCAACACUGGAGGGCUAUUGUCAUAGAUCCACAGUUUCUUCCAUGGAAGAAGUUGUACUACAGAUACAGUAAGCGGGAACGUGAGGCAGUGAAGGAGGUAAAGUCUAUCCUGGAUGAGAAUAACAUAAGCAAAAAGCACGACCUGUGUCUUCUCAAUAUGGUGAGGUACAUGUCUCAGUUCAAACACAGUAAGCGUGUGAAUGUGAAGGACGUGUUGGCGUCUGUGAAAGGACAUCGGCUCUACGCCCAGGCUGAGGCCUGCAUCAAUCACAGACUGCCAGACCUGGUGGGCGAUGAGGGACUGAACCCAUGGUCUGCCAUGUCCCUGAUGUUGAUUCUGGCUGACGGAGUAAAAGAUGUCUUGGACCUGGUUGCUCUGUUACAGACGUCUGGAUGUCUUCUGUCAGCAGGGGGAGUCUCUGAGUACCUGUGGGCAGUGGCAACUUUGCUCUUGGCCAUGAGAAAGAACAUUAUUAACAUAAGCAACAGGUGGCAUUACAACAUCUUCUAUGUGCUCCACUUAAUGGAGAAUGCACCUCCUCCUCUGGGCUUACAAGACAGCAGACAGCUUCAUGUCACUCAUGAGCAGCAGCAGAUUCUUAAUCACGACAUCCAGAGACAUCAUGUUGUUAAAAUAAUGGCUUUUGCUGGCACUGGAAAGACAACCACACUCGUUAAGUAUGCUGAGCAAAGACCACACAUGCGUUUCCUCUACCUGGCCUUCAACAAAUCUGUGGCAACGCAAGCUCAGUGCUCCUUCCCUACCAAUGUGGAAUGCAGUACCGUCCAUUCAAUGGCCUUCAAAGCUGUUGGACUGAGGUAUAAAAAGAUCAAGAAACUGUCCAACAGUUUGCAGCCGUUUGAGGUGGCGUGGAUAUUGCCUAAAGGCCACGGGGGAUUUGUCAAUGCUAAAGUGGUGACACAAACUAUCAACAACUUCUGGGCAUCUGUAGACCAGCGUGUCGGCCCGCAGCAUGUUCCACGAGAAUACAAGAAUACACAGGGCCUCCCUCAGUACCCAGGCGAACAAGAGCAAAUGAUAUUUGCAGGUAUCGCACAGGAUUUAUGGGACAAAAUGGUAGAGCUGCAGCGCAGAAGAGAGCGAGUAUACAACAUGACCCAUGAUGGUUACCUUAAACUCUGGCAGUUGACGAGACCAGAGCUGGACCGUUAUGAUGUCAUAUUUAUUGAUGAAGCUCAGGAUUGUACACCAGUCAUCAUGGACGUCAUGCUCUCUCAGAGCUGUGGAAAAAUCCUGGUUGGAGAUCCCCAUCAACAGAUCUACACUUUCAGAGGAGCAGUCAAUGCUCUGCAUGCUGUUCCUCACACACACAUCUACUAUCUCACGCAGAGCUUCAGGUUUGGCUCUGAGAUUGCCUACGUUGGUGCAACAAUUUUGGACUGCUGUAAAAAAGUGAAGCAGAUAUUGGUUGGUGGAAAUCAGGAUGGCUUUGUGAGAGGAGAGGACAGUCAAACCCUGGAACGUUUGAAGCUGGGGCAGAAGCUGCUGGAAGGGAGUGUGGCCAUUCUCAGCCGUUGUAACGUCACUGUAUUUAGUGAGGCUGUCCGACUCACAGACAUCAACCCCAGCUGCAAGAUCUACAUUGUUGGAGGUGUUGAAAACUUUGGACUGGAGAAAAUCAUGGAUAUCUGGGUCCUGAUGCAACCAGAGGACAAACGCAGGAAAGACAGCCUCACGAUUAAGGAUUACUUCAUUCGGAGUUUCUGCAGAGACAAGAUGGGUGGAUACAGAGGUCUAAAAGGAUAUGCCACGGCCUCAGAAGACCGCGAGCUGGAAGCCAAGGUAGCUGUGGUGGAAAAAUACAACGCACGCAUUCCAGAGCUGGUACAGCGGAUCUACAGUUGUGCCCAGAGAAGCCCUCUGUUUGCAGAUUUUAUCCUUGGUACGGUCCAUAAGUCUAAAGGGCUGGAGUUUGAUGCAGUGGUUGUGACUGAUGACUUCAUGAAAGUUCCAUGUGCUCGACACAACCUGCAGAGAGUGGGCCAUUUCAGCACAGGAAACAUCCCAGAUGAUGAGUGGAACCUGUUAUAUGUGGCCGUCACACGAGCCAGGAGAGCUCUUUACAUCACCAAUACCAUCAGAAACAUCCUCACAUUUACUGGGGAGUACUUCCUGAGGUCAGAACUGACCAGCACUCUGCUAAGUAAAGACCCAUCUCUCCUCUGCUCCACCGAAGACUGUAACAACAACAUCACGGGGGACGAUGUCCUCAGCAUGUGCAGACUUCCCAUCAGAUAUGUGGACAGUGUGGACGAGGGAGGUGUUCUGUGUUUGACCUGUGUGGAACAGCGCGUUGGCCCUGUCGCCUUCCUUCUCUCCCCUCCUGAGCGGGUCCGAUCCAUGCACUACACAAAUGAAAGGAUAGACCUGCCAAUCAACAUUGCCAUGCUGUUAGCACUGCUAUAAGAGUUUGUCCAUGUGAACGCAAGUGGCAUUAUGCAUUUGUGUCUUUCGGAGUACCUUUGCAAACCCUCUGAAUCUUUCCACUUAUAUAUGUGGAUGGUACUAUAUCAGGAGCAAAAUGUACGUUUAAUUUUAUUUAAGUGUUUACAGUAACUGUUUUUAAUUAUUCGUAACAUUUCUAUUGUGUUUUUGCUAUCUCCAUUAUUUUGCUGUCCCAGGAUUUCUCACUGCAUCUUGCCUUCUUACAUUCGUUAACAUCGACGUAACCGUUUUAGUGGAGAAUAAGCAGUUUGGCAACUUGCCUUUAAGUUUUUCAGCCAAAUUUUGGUUGCCUUAAAGGGCCCUGUGCAAGCUCUUUGUACAGUAUUACAGCUGUUGUAAAUGACACAAUAGUGUUGAGAAGCACUAAUGUAAAAAAAUGAGUAAUAGUUUGUGCAGUCAUUGAGUCAAAGUGUCAUAGAUUAUAAUAUUAAUGUCAUGUAUGGGAAGUCUAAUAAUCAUCCAUCACAGCCUCAUGCAGAGAUAUAUGGUGUGAUUUAGACGAAUGUGAGCUUUGCACUUGAAUUUUUAGACAUUUAUUGAUAAUCUAAUAUGAUAAUGAUUAUCUAAGCAUUUGUGUGUGUGUGUGUGUGUGUGUGUGUUUAACUAUGUGAAAGAGUUUGAUUAUAUAUAUUAUUUUACAUUUAAUCUUUUGUCAUUUCUAUUACUGAACAUCUAACCUCGCAUACCUGGAAAGUAAUGGAUAGGUGCGUAGGUCACAAGCUGUAGCCAAGUCAAUAAAAAAGAAAAAAUCCUGCUCACUCUUAGCUUGCAAAGAGUAUUACAAAAUUUAUUUAUGGCAACGUUUCGGUCACACGAUCUUCGUCAGGCAUUUUGGAAUACUCUUUGCAAGAUAAGAUAGUGUGGGAUUUUUUUUUUCUUUUUUAUUAUUGACUUGGCUAUAAUUUCUACUACAAAAGAUUUUGUAAAAGUUUCUGUAGCAAAUAAGCAAAGUGCAUUGUUUUUUUUUAGAUAUUGUAUUUAUUUCAGCAGACAAUUUCUUAUCCAAAGUGAUUUGUAACCAAUUGUUUGAGAAUUUAAAAACAUAUGUAUAUAUACUGUAUAUAUAUAUAUAUGUAUGAACAUUACUGAAUCUCUUGUGCAAAUCUGGUGCAGUCUGUGUGUUUUUUUUCUUUGUCCCCAGAAAAGCUUCAAACUAACCUUACUGUAUAUUAUACCUGGAUUAUGUUGUGUAAACACAAUUU